UCGGCUGUCACGUGGGCCCGUUCUCGGUCACGUGAGCCCUCUCGGUUCGGCCCUCGCUUCCUUUACGGCUGCCGCAAAGCAUCGCUGGUUGCAGCUGUCGGAAGUGGGAUUUGUGGCAAUGAGACCGCAAGCGGCUGUGGCCGGUAAAGUGUUUAUCCAGAGGGACUACACCAAUGGCACGUUGUGUCAAUUCCAGACGAAGUUCCCCUCCGAACUGGAGACCCGGAUUGACAGACAGCAGUUUGAGGAGACUGUGAGGACGCUGAACAACUUGUUUGCCGAGGCAGAGAAGCUAGGGGGACAGUCUUAUCUGGAAGGCUGCCUUGCUUGUCUCACCGCCUAUACUAUAUUCCUGUGCAUGGAGACGCAUUACGAGAAGGUCCUGAAGAAGAUCGCAAAGUUUAUUCAGGAGCAGAAUGAGAAGAUUUUUGCUCCGCAAGGCCUGCUCCUCACUGAUCCUAUAGAGAGGGGGCUCCGGGUGAUUGAAAUCACGAUCUACGAGGACAGAAGUCUGACUGGCAGAUAGGACAGGUGACCAAUCCUUUGUGCUGUAAAUACUUUCUGCUACAAAGACCGUCCUCCCUGACAUUCCUUGAAUCGCCAUUCCCAUUUCUGCAACACAUCCUUCAUGACUUCUCAUUAUUUUACCUCAUGGACCCAGUGCCCCCCCCCGUGCCAAUCGGUUACCCUGCCAGCCUGCUGUUCUAAUGGCUGAACAUGCAGAGAAGACGGAUGAAGAUGGCUUAGCAGAAUGGAUAUCGUUUUCAGGGGAGAAUCAUGGGCUUGGGAUUGUGCCAAUGUUUUGAUCACUGUAUGGAACUCCUGUGCAAUGGCAUCUUUCUUACAGUAUCUGUUGUAUUUCUCUAGCAGUAGAGUGGACGUGAUGUGUAGUAAGUAUAGACAAGACAAUGGCUUGAUGAAGCUCAAUGCAUUAUGGGGGAUUUAAUUCUCACAGAUGGCAGUUUUGGGGUGGACAUGAUUUUCUGGUGCCAGGCUGUCAGUCGAGUGGCCUGUUGAUGAAGAAUAAUAGAAUCUUCCCCUUCUGUCAUCCUAAUAUUUAUUUCUAUAUUCUAGAAUUACAUUAUGCAUUUCCUGGCUUACUUUUUCUUGCGUUUUAUUAUUAUAAUUUUUUUUUAAAGAUUUUCCCUAAUUUUAUUUUUUUUUUUGUUUUCUUUUUGUGCAACGCUAGACAUGUGACACGUUCAUUAUGAAGUUGGUGCUGAUCCUAUUUUCACUUGGCACAUUUUGAAGUGCUUAAAUGGCAGUUGUCCUGUGGCCCACACAAAGAGUACCAGUUUUUAUACACAUACAUUGAUUGGCUGAAACUUGGGCAGCUCUGACUGAAACAGAUCGUAAAAUGUGCAAUUGUGAUGCCAAUUCACAUUCCAGUAUGACAGCUGCUGCUGACUGGUGCCCUAUUCUACCACCCUCCUCCUCUCCAGGACAAUCUUGCUGCUUGUAACUGAAUGGUUAACAGAUUGGAUGUGUGUGGUAACUGGUUCUGUGGUUUUUCUAUAUAUAUAGGCCGAUUGCUCAUGCCAUGUACAUUAAGUCACUGUCACACAUCAUGUGCUUUUAUGCAUCAGAUUUAUUAUGAAUAAACAUAAUUUAUAGGGA